AUGAUGCGCGCCUUCCCACCCCUAACCUCCGCCAAGGGGGCGCUUUCCCUAGCCCUUCUAGCGUCCCUCUCUCUUGCCCUACCGCAAAGUGGAAGCCAGCGCAGUGACACGACAGGAGAAUACACACUGUCGCCCAACACCUCCACAUCCUCCACGGCCUCAACACACCUAUCCCCCUCUCUCAUCCACAGCAGCCUCCCCACCCUUGACUCCAAGGCCCAAGUCAAGAACGACCAAAGGGAAGACGUCUCGACCGCAACCAUCUAUUCCACCAUCAUCGUCCCAACAGCCACAGAGUUAACUACCAUCAUGAUCCUCACCGUCAUCACCAACGCUCCUCCUCCUUCACCUUCGCCUUCAACGACCACCUCUUCACUUGGGACUUCUACAUCAUCCACAUCUAACUGCAUCGUCGAAGGCGGAGCAGACGGUAUCUGCAUCACCGUCGUACCCAUCUGGCCCACUAACACCCUCCCCCCAGCAGCGGUGGUAAAGAGGCAGACGACCCAGACCCAAACCCCCUCCAUUUCGUACUCCUCCACCUCCACCUCCACAGCCUCAGUAACAGUUAUCGAGAUUUUAACAGUGAUCGUUGCCCCCCACACAACUUACACGCUCACUGGGUUCGUGCCGUUUUUAACUACAGGUACCUCUUCGGCUCCCAUUCCUACUACUACCGCUACCGCUACCGGCGGUCCAACUACUAGUGUCACCUGCCCCAGUCCCAGCUGGUUGAUCGACGGGCACUGCGUCGGCAACACCCCCGGGUGGAACCCCGCUCCGCAGAACCCGACUGAGACGGACGAUUGGGCAUGGGAUGGAAGGCCUCGACCUCCUUGGGAGACGGCGACGACGGGGGUGUAA